AUGUGCGAGUGCGCUGGUUUCCGUCCUCGGCAAUCACCAAAUCCCAACUCCGCUGAUGCCUAUAAAAGCCGAAUUCGCCCCAUUCUCGUUCUUUACUGUGAACCACCACUAUCACAACUCGAAGCAAUGAGCGGCAAGUCUACCUCUUCCUCCUCCAAAGGCGGCGACUACACCGUCACCAGCUCUGGUACCAACUCUAACGGCAACCAUUACUGUCAUCGCGAGUACAGCUCAGGCGGGGGAUACCACUACUCCAACUCUGACGGGAGCUACUACUACAACAACCCGAACGGGUCGACGUACUACGAUAACGGGAAGGGCGGUUCAACUUACACCACUCCUGGAGGCUACAAAGUGCAGAAGUAA